AUUUAAAAUCGUCCACCUUUGUUGAAAAUGAACUACCCAAGAUAAAUUCAUACAUGAAUAAUAAUACAGAGACUACAAGUGUAUAUAAUUUUUCCAGCGAACAUACAAAUGAAUAUAUAGAUUAUUAUGGAACAAACACUAACGAUCAAGAAUAUUUUAACAAUGAAUCAUGUCAAUAUAAUCAAGAAAGUGAACAAAUACAAUCAAAUUGGGAACCAGAUGAAGAAGUG